CUGAGCGCAGCCCGCUGGGCCACCGCGGGGGAACCCGUGUGUGAGACUCCGGCCCUGGGUCUCCGUUUGUUUCCGUCCCUUGUCAUGACCAGGAGGAGUUGAAGGAGGGCUGGUGGCCGUCAGGUCAUACGUGGUUAUUUCAUGGGUGGGCGCUAAAGGUUUCUGUGGAUGAUCAAGAGGCCAUGUGUGCGAUCAGGCGAGGAGGAGAAGAGAAACAAGACUGCGUGUCAUGUUCUUACAUCUAACGAGUAGCACUGGCUGUUUGAAGUCUUGUCAGCUUGGCCAGAAGGUGAAAAUGCAACAGCAAGGGUGCUAAUUUCUAUGUUCAUAAGGGCUUUCCUUGGUGAAAUAGGUGUUUCUGCUUUGCUUCAAUGGUGUGCAGCAGGAGUGGGAGCUGUCACACCCUGCAUUCUUAUUCCUGGAGCUAGAACACCAAAGCUGCUCUUAUUUCUGGGGGAAAAAAAAAAAAAUUAAUAACCUCUGGAGGAUAACGGUAGCUGCAACGACUAGAUAAGGAAUACUUGAAGCAAGCACGCAUCAGUGGGGAGAUGGCUCAGAGCAGCCUAUGGAAGUUGUGCUUAAGACUCUUGAAGUAUAGAGGCAGACAGGGAGAUAAGUGCAGGCUACAGGGCAGCUGGGGGGAGGAAGAUACCCUCGUUCUCUGAGCUGCAGCCUGGACCCUGAAGGGAAUGGAAGCAAAGCAGUAUAUGCCAAACUGACCUCAGUGUAUUACAAAGUAAUUAGUCACAUUUGACUGAAGAAGGUAAAUGAAAUGGUCUUCAUUGACAUUGAUCAUGAAGGAAAGAGAACAGCUGCAUGAUGUUGCGUAUAAGAUGUACCUGAUAUAGAAUUAAAGGAUGGUGCUAUGAUCCAUGCCACUUGAUGAGGCUUUAUGUAGAUACGUCCUGCUGAAUUUAUCUCAAAUUAUAUUCAACUGACACUAGCUGUCAUAAAUGUAUGCAAAUCUCUUAAGGCAUUUGACUUGCUUCUGUAUGAUGCUGUUACAGUAGCAGUGUUAUGGACCUGAUGCAAUACAUAAAAUGGAUUUCAAUUCCACUCACCAAAAAUAAGUGCCAGACCUCAUAAAAAAAAAAAAAAAUGUUGAUUUGUGGUUUUUGUUGUGGGCUUGUGGUAGGAUUUUUUGGGGUGGGGGCUGAUGAUGCAUCUGUUCUGGACAUGCUGCUACUCAAAUCUGUCUUAAUUUAGAAGACAGCAAGCGUGGUAGGGAAAUACUACAAAUACUAAAGUAAUUUGUGGUGAAUGGAGAGAGACCCUACUAGAAACUAACCUUGAUCAUGUGCUAGGCUAUAUUCAUUUGAGCAGCAUGCAUUUUAACAUGGCUCAGUGGAAAGUCACAGCUAGGAGCUAUGAAUGUAGGUCACUCAGGAUAGGAGACUGUAUUUUGGAAAGCAUUGACUCAGAAAAUGAUUCGGAGCUCUGAUGUAUUACCAGUUGAGCAUGAAAUUGCAGUACAAUGCAGUGGCUUAUGGAGUAAAUGCUAUCUUUGGGUAGCUUAGGAGGGUUAUGUUAUUACUGCUAUAUAGUAUUAGAAGGACUACUGCAGGAAUAUUACGUGCUGUUCUGGGGACUAGUUUUAAAAACAACACUGCCAAGCUGGAAAGAUAGAUAGCCAGAUAAUGGCUAAAGCUCUGGCUAGCAUAACUUGCUGAAGCUGAAAAACCGAGAUUAUAAAAACACUCGAGGUACUACAGAAUUUGGAUAUGUCACUGGAUAUUCUAGUGGAAACUGGCAUAGGCAAAACAGUUAACAGUUUUAGGAAACAUGCCACUGCUGGGAAUAUAGCUAAAACCCUGGUAAAACAGUGGAAGAAACUUAUUCCUUCUGAAAAGAAAAGCACUCGCAGUGAAAGAAAACAAAAUACUGAAAAAAAUGAGACAAAAUCUUCUAUUUCCAAGGAGUUUACGCCUCCAGAGAAGUCCAAAGCAUCUGUACUGGCCUCCAGAAGUUCCGAUAGUGCUUCCAAUUCUAAAAAGUUGAAUAAGCAGCGUUCUUGUGGUGAAAAGAUCCACCAAAGUAGAGAUUCUGAAUCUCAAAAUGAAUGUGAUAAUAAAGAAUGUGGCAACAGUGGUUCUGAGCAUGCUUCCCAGGGUACCAGUCCUCAAGCUAAGGAAAGUGACUUCAAAGAGAGAAGCUCUACAGAGAGCAAGAAUUUUUCAGAAGAGCAGCAUUCCUCUGUAGCCAAUAAAGACUUACCACAGCUGAAGGAAAAGCCUAGAAGGGAUGCUUCCAAAAAGAGGAAUCCUAAGCAUGUGAAGAAACCAAAACAAAAACUUGUCAUAAAAAACAAAGACAAGUUAUCUAGUGAUGAGGAAUUUGAGCCCCCUACUAUGUCUUUUGAAUCUUACCUUAAUUAUGAUCAGAUUACAAAGAAAAGAAAGAGGAAGGCUUAUUUUACAGGUGCACAGCCAGAGAAGUGCUCUGGACAGAAAGACAGCUCGUUACUACAAAAGACUUCAAACUUUUCUCAUGCGAAAGAGGGAGAGGAAGAUGUAAAAAAAUGUGAGGAUGAUCGAUCAGAAACUCCCAAUAAAAAGGCCAAGGUGGCAUCCCUCCAAGAUCUUCUUAAUACUCCACUGCCUAAAUUUCUGACAGGCAUCUCAAUCUCAUCUCCCCCAUAUGUUGCGGACUUUAAAGCUUCUGUAGCACCUGUUGUAGAAGCAUCGCAGCAAGUCAGUGAAACAGUUCAAUUCACAGGACGGAGACUGAACUCUAAAAUGCAAGUUUACUCUGGCUCUAAACCAGUCUGUCUUUCAAAAAUGCUUACGCUGUAUGAACAGUGCAUCCGUGUGCUUCAAAAUAAUAUUGAUUCACUGCAUGAAGUAGGAGGUGUGCCCUUUGAAAUUCUUGAGCCUGUGCUAACACGUUGCACACCAGAGCAGUUGCUUCGAAUAGAGGAAUGUAAUCCGACAUUUACAGAAGAGUGUGACCACUUGUGGAAGAAACACUGCCAGAGAGAUUUUAAAAAAGAGAGCCUCCUGGAAUAUGAGUCUUGGCGUGAAAUGUACUUGAGACUGUUUAAUCAGAGAGAAGAAAAACUGAAGACACUUACAAAAAAUAUUCUUUCAGCUCAGUCUGAGAAACCAAAAGGCAGGCAAGUAAAAAUGGCUUAUGUGACCAGUGCAGCAAAACCACCAAGGAACAUUCGCAGGCAGCAAGAAAUCCACGGGACAGCAGGACCUGUCGCCCAACUUCAUCCCAUAGAGAAGCGCAAAACAAAGAUUCCGGAAAGCAGAGAUAGAAAUAACACAUCAAAUCCGAUCCCUGCUAGCAACACUGGAAGCUCUAGCUCAAGUGUAAUGACUCAAGAUGGAAAGAAGCCUAUCAAAAAAAUUGCACCAAUCAUGAAGAAAACUUUGAGAGCAUUGAAGAGUAGAGCUGGACGACGAUAAAAUGAGGCUACAUAUUUGAAAUUUGAGUGAUUAUUUGUGUAUCAUCAUGCUACAGCUAAUGCAAGUAAUGUUAAUGUAAACAUUCUUCACUUUGCCUUAGUUAAAAUAGGUAUGAAACACUGCAGGGGCAAAUGAUGUGCAAUAAAAAUUGAAACAUCUGAGUUAAUUCA